AUGAUCAAAAAAGAGCAAAAUCCCCCGCUUGGCGAACCCCGUGAGGCUCAAGAAUGGCGCAAUGGCUUCAGUUCACUCUUUCGACAAUGGGGGAGACCAGCAAUAGACUUGGACGCUAUUGCCACUCAACCUUCGGUCUUUGAUGAUCCGAUUACGCUGGAAGCUUAUCGCCCCCCACCCCAAUUCGAGAAUACUCACCGAUUCGAUCCAGCAGCCCGCUGGACAUGGAGGGAAGAAAAGAAACUUAUCCGCAAGGUCGACUCGAAAAUUAUGGUUUGGGCUUGUGUCAUGUUUUUUUCACUUGAACUGGAUCGCAGCAAUAUUUCACAAGCCAAUUCGGAUAACUUUCUGCAAGAUCUGGGACUAACGACGAACGACUUCAACCUCGGGAACACCCUUUUCCGGCUUUCGUUUUUAUCUGCUGAGAUACCUUCUCAAUUGAUCUCUAAACGAGUUGGUCCAGAUAUCUGGAUUCCUAGUCAGAUGAUGCUAUGGAGCAUUGUCUCCCUAUCGCAGUUUUGGCUAUCUGGAAGAAACAGUUUUUUGGCGACUAGGUUAUUUCUUCUAGGUUUUUUGCAGGGUGGCUUUAUUCCCGACGUUGUCCUUUAUCUUUCCUAUUUCUACACCAAGACGGAAUUGCCAGUACGAUUCGCCUUCUUCUGGAUCUCAAACUAUGUAGCCGAUAUUAGCAGUGCUUUCCUCGCUACCGGUAUUCUCCGUCUGCGUGGCGUAGGUGGAAAGGCAGGGUGGCGAUACCUAUUUCUUCUGGAAGGUAUUCUCACCCUGGUGGUUGGUUUUACCUCUUUCUUUAUGAUGCCACCUGGUCCGACGCAGACCAAAGCCUGGUAUCGACCCAAGGGGUGGUUCUCCGAACGCGAGGAAGUCAUUAUGGUGAACAGCAGGGUUCUGCGAGACGACCCGUCCAAGUCAGAUAUGCACAACAGAGAAGGUCUCGAUAUCAAGAUGAUAUGGGGCGCGCUUAUUGAUUGGCAACUCUGGCCCCUGUACGUUCUGGGACUGGUCCACUUUAUUCCCGUCAUUCCUCCCCAAACGUACCUUACGCUAUCACUUCGCAACCUUGGAUUCAACACAACACAAACCAACCUUCUGACCAUACCGUCCUCGGUUCUUGGCGCUUUGUUGCUGCUGGCUUCUGCAUACUUGAGUGAAAUUAUUGACAGCCGGGCCGGAGCGACAAUUAUUCUUCAGCUAUGGGCGCUUCCACUCCUAAUCACUCUCCACACCUUCAAUCAGCAUACACCACAAUGGGUUUAUUUUGCGGUUGUUUCACUUAUCGCUGGAUAUCCUUAUGUUCACCCAAUACAGGUUGCCUGGACCUCUAGGAAUUCGUACAGCGUGCGAACUAGGACAAUUUCCGCGAGCGUGUAUAACAUGACUGUUCAAGCUGGGGUUCUUAUCGCACAAAAUAUCUAUCGCCAAGAUGACAAGCCUCUCUAUAAACGAGGAAAUCGAGAUUUGAUCUGCAUUACAAGCAUGAACAUUGUGUUAUAUAUUGGGACAUAUUUUUUUUAUCGUUACCUCAACGCUCGGAGGGACAGGGUCUGGAAAACUUGGACCAACAAGGAGCAACGAGAGUACAUGAAGACUACGAAGGACGAAGGGAACAAACGAAUGGAUUUCAGAUUUGCGUACUGA